UAUGCACUUUUGUUUCACAGCGGCGGCAGCAUGCGCUGAUCGACAACAUCAUUCUUUUCGCUGAUCGCCGAAUGAAGGACAGAACACUUCUCCUGCGAGACUUUUUUGUUCCGAGCUUGGACGAAUCUCGAUAUGGUCAGCAGCUACGCUGGGUUGACAGGGCUUCUGGGAUCUUCUGUAUCCAGUGGGAGCAUCAAGGGAAAAAGGCUUGGAAGGAGGAGAACGGCUCUGUCUUCAAAGACUGGUCCCUGAGGAAGAAACGAUGGGAUUGCAAAGAUCCAGAACGGAUGUCGAAAGCGAAACAGAGGAUCCGCUCGGCUCUGGGCAAACAGAUAAACCUCAGAAAGGUGGACGGGUACGAUGUGGGAGAGUGCAGGCUCUACCAAAUACUGGAUAUGAAAGAAAUUGACAGGGAAUUGGAGCUAUCCAGUCCAAAGCGAAGGCCAACAAGUGUCAAGAAACGUCCCUUAGCUCCGAAACAGGAGUGUAAGAGUCGAAAGAGGAGCCAUCUUCCUAAACAGACAACCGUGUCCACAGCACGUGUAUCCGAUGAAGAAAUAGAAGAAUUCUGGUGUGACACGCCUAUUUAUGGUACUCCAUGCUCAAGUGCGGUAUCAUCAACAAACCUCCGUAUUGAUCAGGUGUACAGCUGCGCAGCCUCAUCUGCGCCGGAAGAAACAGUGCGCUCUACAACCGCUGACGGCUGCAGUGUUGAUGGUCACUUAAAUUCUUUGAACGAGUUACCUUCUUCUGCUCGGGAAAGGCACAAGAAAGCUCGCUCAAAGUGCUCUCGGAAAGCACAGCUGAAAUCCAGGAGGCAUAACGGAGAGCCACCUAGCCAGAAGAAUGUACACGGACAAUUAGGAUCUCAGGACACCGCCAUUCAAAAGAUGUUUCAAGUUGUCAAGGGCGUGGCAGACACCUGUGAGGAUGCCAAUAAGGGCUGCCAGUGCACGUCUGACGAUGUGCAGAGGUUAACGAGGCAAAUGAAAAAGCUGGUGAAAGAACUGAUGUGUGUGGAAGCUGCAUUCUCUGACUUCCGGAAACAGUAUGAGCAGGCCAGGGACACAAUUUCUACUAUGAAAGGGCCCGAUCUACUUCCAAGAAGUCAUCUGAAUGGGGACCACGACAUGCUGGUAGAUGGAAACCAAAUUAGGAGGAUACUCGAGAGCAAAGUCUAUCAGAAUAUUGAAUGCAGAAAAGACUCCGUUCAGGGAGAAGAAGAAGGAGCCACCAUAUGAUGGAGCCUGGUACAGCAUUCCGAAGGGGCAUCACCUGGAGCAGAAGGAAGCUGAAAAGGUCUUCUGGUCCUCCUGCAGGUACACCACAGUCAAUAAUAAAAAUAGUUUUCACAUA